AUGACUAAGUUUACCGUCCUUUUCCUCGGUAUUUUGUUGAUUAACGGGUAUUUCGCCGAGGAUGAGAUCAAGGAAGAUGAGGGUGUUUUGGUCCUGAAUGACGUAAGUUUUGAACAGUAUUUUUUUUAUUUUUAGUAAGACUGAGCUUUUCCAAUGUCUAUCAGCAUUCGUAGAACUUCUUUAUAUCCCAAAAUUACAGUAUAUUUCUUCAGGAAAACUUUGACGCCGCGAUCAAAAAACACUCCAACAUUUUGGUCGAACUUUAUGCUCCAUGGUGUGGCCAUUGCCAGAAAUUGGCUCCGGAAUACGCCAAGGCCGCUCAACGGCUAGCCAAAGAAGACCUGCCCAUCAAACUGGCCAAAGUUGACGCCACUGAGAACCAGGCCCUGCAUGACAAGUACAUUACCCGAGGCUACCCGACCAUCAAAUUCUUCCAAAACGGAGAAGCCAUCGAUUUCAACGGGAAAAGAGAUCGCAAUGGGAUUGUGGAAUGGCUCAAAUCGAAGACCGGGCUAACUGUUAAGACGCUCGAAACCGCCGAGGAAAUUGAUGAGUUCACGAAAAGGAACAAUGUUGUUCUUGUGGGCUACUACAAGGACGAGAAAGAGGCGGAGGAGUUCAAAAAAUUGGCCAUAUCAAUUGAAGACAUCCCCAUUGGAUUCGUUUCGGACGCUAAAUUGGCUGAGAAGGCGUUGAAGCUGAAGAAAAACGGACUUGUUCUCUUCAAAGCCUCGGAUUCGGAGUCUCUGAAAUACGAAGACAAGUUGGCCGGAGUGAAAGACUGGCUGGAGAAGAACAAAAAACCCUUGAUCAGCGAGUUCAGCCAGUCCGACGCCAACCUUAUCUUUGGCGGAGAUCAAAAAGAGUUCAUCGUCCUCUUCUACAAGGAGUCUGAAGGCACGCAGAAGCUGAAGAACGACUUCAGAACCGCUGCCAAGCAAUUCAAGGGGACAAUUCAGUUCGUUCAAGUCAAUGUUUUGGUCGAGACCAACGACCGAAUCGGCGAUUUCUUCGGCGUCAAUCCCGAGGAUAUCCCCACCAUCCGCGCUAUGUCUCGCAAAGAUGGGCUGAAGAAGUAUCAGCCCUCCAAAAACAAGCUCGGAUCCUCCGAUAUUGCCAAGUUCGCCGAGGACUUCAAAGCCGACAAAUUGGAGUUGUAUUUGAAAUCCGAGAAGCUGCCCGAAGAUUGGGAUCAAGGCCUGAUUACAGUGCUGGUUGGCAAGAAUUUCGAUCAAGUCGCGCGCGAUCCAAAGAAGCAUGUUUUGGUCGAAUUCUACGCACCAUGGUGUGUCCAUUGCCAGAACUUGAUCCCGGUGUGGGAUCGACUCGGCGAGCUGUACAAAGACAAUGAGAAUGUCAUCAUCGCCAAGAUGGAUGCCACGCUGAAUGAGGUCGAUGGGAUUACAAUUCGCGCCUUGCCCACGAUCAGUCUGUUCCCCAAGGACAAAAAAGAGAAUGUGGACUUCACUGGGGAGUUGAAUCUGAAGGAAAUUGUGGAGUUCUUGGUCAAGGAGACCGGCGAGGAACCCAAUGGAGAAGUUGAGGAGCCAAAAGUUGAAGGAGAAGAGACCGCCGAGCAAAAGGAGGGUGAAGAGACCAAGGAGAAGGUCGAAGAGGCCACUGAAUCCGCCGAAACUGAUGACUCCAAGGAAGAAAAGUCUUCUGAGAGCUCCGAAGAGCACGAUGAACUGUGA